AACCUAAGUACCUAACCAAUUGAUUUGCCACCCCCAACUUUUCCACCCUCCCUGGCCUUUGCCUUCCAUUUACGAAACCCUCGGACACAACUUCUGGAACGUUCACUUGAUUAGAGUUUACAAUUUUCUUUGGAUAUAAUAAUAAUCUCAUUUGUUUUCCAAGGAAAAUUUUUCAUUCCUGUGCAAUGGGGAGGGUUUAUGGUGGAUUGGCGUCGAUUUGGUUUCUUAUGUUAAUUGCUUUUUGUGCAAGAAUCUCGUUGUCGGCGAGAUCGGAGCAAGAAAUCAGGCAAAGAUUUUAUGGCAGUUUAGUAAAUUCGUCUGCGCCGGAGAGCGGCGAUGGAAGCAUUGCCCAGAUGUUUGAUCGUGUUCUUGAGAGGGAGUUCUCUUCUGACAACGACCAGCCUGAAGGUUCCGGUGCAAGCAGCUUCAACAGCAGCGUAGCAGAUGAGCAAGCAGUAUUGGAGACUGUGGUUAAAAUUACUCACGAGAAAGCAAAGAAGAAUGAUACUCAGGAAGCUAAUGCUACCAUAUCUUCUAAAAUUCAGGAUAUGCUCAACCUUGAAAAUGAUGGUUCUGAUGACACAACCUUGAUAGACAAUGAUCACAAUCGUUAUGUGAUGUCAAAUAAGAAAUCCAAAUAUCCAGUUCUUCAAGUAGAUCUAAGGCUGAUAUCUGAUUUGGUGGUGGUUGUAGUCUCUGCUGCCAUUGGUGGAAUCAUAUUUUCCUGUCUGGGACAGCCGGUUAUCGUGGGCUAUCUUCUUGCAGGUUCACUUAUUGGACCUGGCGGUCUUCAAUUUAUCAGUGAAAUGGUGCAGGUUGAGACUUUUGCUCAAUUUGGUGUUGUUUUUCUGCUGUUUGCUUUGGGACUAGAGUUUUCUUUGACAAAGCUAAAAGUUGUAGGUCCUGUUGCUGUUUUUGGUGGACUUCUUCAAAUUGUAAUACUUAUGUUCUUGUGUGGAAGUACUGCAAUGUUGUGUGGGGCGAAGUUGUCAGAGGGAAUUUUCGUUGGUUGCUUUCUUUCAAUGUCAUCAACUGCAGUGGUGGUGAAAUUUUUGGUCGAGCGAAACAGUAAUAAUCUCCUUCAUGGUCAAGUUACAAUUGGGACGCUUAUUUUUCAGGAUUGUGCUGUUGGUUUGUUAUUUGCCUUGCUUCCAGUUCUGGGAGGUAAUAGUGGCAUUUUGCAUGGAAUGUUCUCUAUGGGGAAACUGCUGGUGACUUUGUCUGUAUAUCUUGCUUGUGCAUCCUUGUUGACCUGGUCAUUUGUUCCGCGCUUUCUGAAGCUUAUGAUACAGAUAUCAUCUCAAACAAGUGAACUGUACCAGCUUGCUGCAGUGGCUUUCUGUUUAUUGUCUGCUUGGUGCAGUGAUAAAUUGGGCCUCAGUCUUGAGUUGGGUUCAUUUGCGGCGGGUGUUAUGAUAUCAACUACUGAUUUUGCACAGCACACUUUGGAUCAGGUUGAACCAAUUCGUAAUCUCUUUGCUGCACUAUUUCUUUCUAGCAUCGGAAUGCUCAUUAAUGUGCACUUCCUCUGGACCCAUGUGGAUAUAUUGCUUGCUUCUGUUAUACUUGUGAUAGUAGUUAAAACUACUGUUGCUGCUGCUGUUACAAAGACCUUUGGAUACAAUAUUAGGACAUCAGUUGUUGUUGGUUUAUUGCUGGCACAAAUUGGAGAAUUUGCAUUUGUUCUCUUAAGUCGUGCCUCGAAUCUACAUCUUGUUGAGGGCAGGAUGUAUCUUCUUCUUCUUGGAACAACUGCUUUCAGUCUUGUAACCACUCCUGUCUUGUUCAAGCUAAUACCUGCUGUGAUGCAUCUCGGAGUUCUAAUGCACUGGUUUCCAUCAGAAAGUAGCGGGCAGACUGAGGAGAAAAUUUCCGUGAUUGAAGCUCAUAACAGAUUACUGUGAGACAAUCUCUCUGUGCUAAGGCAAUUGUAUGGGAAGCUCCAAUUAGAGGUCAGAAAUUUGUGAUUUACAGAGUUUUUGGGCCUGGCCUGGAGUACAUUUUUGCUGAUGUUUAGACCUACAAAUAGAACUACAAAUGACAAAUUGACGGAUUAUCAUGUACAUAUUCUUGCUAUACACAGACAUGCUGUAUAUAUAUAUUCAUUAAACUCUUUUAGUGGGGUAUGUCGUACCCUGAGAUCAGUACAUCAGCCGUAUAGUUUGGGCUCCUUUGCUUCUUUCUAGUUUUGAACUAGAUUACAAUAGUGAUUGGUUGUAAGGAAAUUUUGACAUCUUGAAUGCAAGUGUUUGGAUUUUGAUAUUUGCAGCCAAA